AUGGCGUCAUUGCCGUACACUGACGUCGAUUCACAUCUCAGAGCAUUAGCCGGUCAGGCUGAGGGUUUCGGCCGGUUCUCCGUCGGCGGUCUUCAUGGACCGGUUUAUCACGUCACUAACUUGGCCGAUGAUGGUCCAGGAUCACUUCGCGAUGGAUGUCGUAGAAAAGAACCCCUUUGGAUUGUUUUUGAAGUCUCUGGUUUGAGGCUGAAGGAAUGUGAACAUAUUAUUAUAUGCAACCUGGAGUUUGAAGGUGGUAGAGGGCACGAUGUUGAUGGCAUCCAAAUUAAACCAAAUUCUAGGCAUAUAUGGAUAGACCGCUGCAGCUUAUGUGAUUAUGAUGACGGACUUAUUGACAUAACAAGGCAAAGCACUGAUAUUACAAUCUCUAGAUGUUACUUCACACGACAUGAUAAGACUAUGCUUAUUGGAGCUGACCCCUCUCAUAUUGGUGAUAGAUGCAUUAGAGUGACAAUUCAUCACUGUUUGUUUGAUGGAACACGGCAACGACAACCUCGUGUUAGAUUUGGAAAAGUUCAUUUAUACAACAAUUACACCAGAGGUUGGGGCAUAUAUGCUGUUUGUGCUAGCGUAGAGUCACAGGUAUAUUCUCAAUGCAACAUCUAUGAAGCAGGACAGAAGAAAAAAACUUUCGAAUACUAUACUGAGAAGGCUGCUGAUAAAGAUGAGACAAAAUCUGGUUCAAUUAUAUCCGAAGGAGAUUUAUUCCUGAAUGGAGCUCAAGCAAGUAUACGAAAUAUUGGAAAGGAAGAAUCCAUUUUCCAUCCAAGUGAUUUUUACCCUACAUGGACACUAGAACUAGCAUCAGAUUCUCUCAAGUCUGUUCUUCGAAUCUGUGCAGGUUGGCAAUCUAUACCUAGGCCAGCAGAACAAGUUGGCAGUAGUACAUGA